CUGAAAAAAGUGAAGAUGAAGUUCUUUGGCAUCUGUCUGCUUCUCACAGGUAUCUUCUGCCAGUGGCUUGUCCAAGCAGAGUUUUUCACAUCUAUUGGUCAAAUGACAGACUUGAUAGACAAAGAAAGAGAUCUUGUACAGUCUCUGAAAGAAUACAUUCGGGAAGAAGAAGAACGGCUGGGAAAAAUCAAAAGCUGGGCCUCCCAAGUAGAAGAUCUUUUGAGUAAAUCUACUCUUGAUCCAGAGGGAUUUCUUGCUCAUCCUGUGAAUGCCUACAAACUGGUGAAGAGGCUCAAUACAGGUUGGCUUUCUCUGGAGAACUUGGUGCUUCAAGAUGUGUCAAAAGGCUUUAUUGCAAACCUCACUUUUCAAAGGGAAUUCUUUCCAAGUGAAGAAGAUGAGACUGGAGCAGCCAAAGCAUUAAUGCGUCUCCAAGACACUUACAAACUGGAUCCUUAUGUUAUAGCAAAAGGAAUAUUGCCAGGAACAAAAUAUGUUUCAUCUUUAUCUGUGGAUGAUUGCUUUGGUAUGGGAAAAAUAGCCUACCAUGAGAGUGACUAUUAUCAUACUGUGCUAUGGAUGCAAGAAGCUCUAAAAUUGCUGGAAGAAGGGGAAGAAUCGACCACCAUUUCUAAAGUGGAUGUUCUAGACUACCUCAGUUACACAGUCUUUCAGCUCGGUGACAUCUCCAGAGCAGUGGAGCUUACAAGAAAAUUGUUACUGCUGGAUUCCAGCCAUGACCGAGCUGGCAGUAACCUCCGAUAUUUUGAAAAGUUGCUAGAGAAAGAGAGAACUGAAGAGAAAGUAAACAGGACAUCAGACACCGAGCCACACAAGCCACGUACUGAUGUCUACAGCAGGCCUCAAGAUUAUCUGCCUGAGCGCGAGACCUACGAAGCUCUGUGCCGCGGAGAGGGAGUGAGAAUGACUUCCAAAAGGCAGAAGAGGCUUUUCUGUCGCUAUCAUGAUGGAAACCGAAAUCCAACCCUGAUCUUGAGUCCUGUUAAAGAGGAAGAUGAGUGGGAUAGUCCUCGCAUUGUCCGAUAUCUUGAUGUUUUAACCAGUGAAGAAAUAGAGAGGAUUAAGGAGUUGGCAAAGCCCAGAUUAGCAAGAGCAACUGUGCGGGAUCCAAAAACUGGAGUUCUUACAACAGCCAAUUAUAGAGUUUCUAAAAGUGCCUGGUUGGAAGAGUAUGAAGACCCAGUUAUUGUUCAUGUAAAUAAGCGCAUGCAGGCUAUUACGGGGCUAACGAUUGACACUGCAGAAUUGUUACAGGUUGCAAACUAUGGCAUGGGAGGCCAAUAUGAGCCACAUUUUGAUUUUUCAAGGAAAGAGGAACCUGAUGUAUUCAAGCGUUUAGGGACUGGCAAUCGUGUUGCAACCUUUUUGAAUUACAUGAGUGAUGUGGGAGCUGGAGGAGCCACAGUGUUUCCAGACUUUGGAGCAGCAAUCUGGCCUAGGAAGGGGACCGCUGUGUUCUGGUACAACCUUUUUAGAAGUGGAGAAGGGGAUUACAGAACUCGACAUGCAGCUUGUCCAGUAUUAGUAGGAAGUAAAUGGGUUUCAAAUAAAUGGUUCCAUGAAAGAGGACAAGAAUUCCUAAGGCCAUGUGGAUUAACAGAAGUUGACUGACAUGCAGUCAUUGUCUUAUUGCAAUUUGUUUUGUUUUUUUGCUCUUUCUUUUUAGAUAUGUUUUACUGUUUUCUCUAAUUCACUCCUGGUAUCCAGUGUGGUGAAGUUAAGAACAUUUGCCUAAACAAAAAAAGUAUUAUUGG